AGAUUUCAUUGAGGUUCACCACACAUAACAAGAUCUGGACGAACAAGAACGAAUCACAAUAUAAAUGACAAUAACAACAGAUUCAAAACACAAGGCAAUUCGAUCCCACUGAAGAGCCAAGUGCAAAUUCACCAGGUAGUUUUGAAAGUCCUGUUACCAAAUUAGAGGAAGCUGGCACUCUGCGAACCUCCCAAACAAUCAAGCCACCUUCAGUCGGCCCACGGGGAACGCACCGAAACUGGAACUGUCACUUGCGUGCAGCGCAGAUAGAAAAAUAAACGAAACAAACUUUUCACAACAAUGACAGGCAAGGAGUAACAAAAACAAAAAGGAAAUUUUCACAGAUCAUCGACAGAAACGCAAAUUAAUCUAAAAUUAACGCUUUUAUGCAACGUUUCGACCGCUUUCCCUAACCGUGGCCACAGGCUAGAAAAUCGAAUUUAAAAGGCAAGCAGUAGAAAAAAAGAAAGUUCAUCAGCCCUCACAACAAAGAGUGCAAGGUAGUGCGAAAGAAAAAAAAACAGCUGAAAGAACAGGUACUCUUUGCACAAUUCUUAUUGGAGACGACGUGCGAGGGAUGAGCAAGGGUUCCAACUGGGGCGAACUGCCGGCCCUCGUCCUCACGAACCUGUUCCAGUAUCUGGACUAUCACGACCGUCUGCAGGCCUCGGCCGUUUGCUGGCACUGGCGCUCCGUUAUCUUCCAGCCAAGAUUCUUCAAGGGAAUCCACUUCGAUGUGGCUCGGGAGAACAACAAGAAGAACAGCUUCUUUCUGCAGUCGCUGGCGCACAUUAUCAGCGCCGCCAAGAUUUCUUUCGAUUCGUGCAAUCUGUACGAUGUAGAGCUGGCCACGGAAAUCCUCUACAAGCUCAGCAAAAGCUCCUGUCUCUCUAGCUUGUCGCUUCAACCGAAAUAUGCCACCCUGGUAACACCGGGACGGUUCUACUCCGAGGAAGAAUGGAACUACAUCUACAAACUCUUCGUUGAGCCCAUCAAAGCGCUGCUUAGCCGGCCGAACCCACCCUUCAAGGAGCUCGAUCUGGGAUGCUCGGAAAUCCUGACGCUCCAUGCCGCUGACUUUUUGAACAGCUGCCCCCGGCCCCAGUUCCUGCAGCGGCUGGGGUUCGCCUCGGUUAAGCAGGACCCCAGCCACUACGCGCUCAGUGCCAUCGAGCCGACCCUGUUCGAGAAGUGCCAGGCGCUGCAGCAGCUCUCGCUCGACUACGACACCAUGUGCGACGAGUUUCUGCAGACGCUGCAGCUGUUGCCCCUGCGGCGCCUCACCAUCCACGUGCACGGUCUGGACGAGGAACAUCCGGGCAUAUCGGAGGGGGCGUGGGCCACGUUCUGCGCGAAGAACCCGCAGACCGAGCUGCAUCUGACGCUGGUGUGCGCGUACGAAGCGGUGGACAUCCUGCACAGUCACAUCCUGCGCCCGUCGAUGCCGCUGUCCCACCUGAAGGUGCUGUUCUGUGAGAGGAUCAACUGCGACGCCUUGGAGUACCUUUCUCGUUACUACAAGGAAACCCUGAAAAGUAUGAUCUGGGUUGAUUCAAUGCGCAUCCAGGAGUACCGAAACAUCAUGGAGCUCGUCCUUCGCACCGAGCAGGACCCGCUGGUAAUGAUGGCGUGGCGCUGCAAGAAACUCGAGGAGAUCGUCAUCCACGGUUACGUGCUGGAUCCGCACAACCUCGUUGGGAUUUCCCGACUGCGUGGUAGGGAUCUAAAGGUCCUCGAGGUGUCCCGUAUCGACCUAUCGAUGCCGUCGGUCAUGAUGACGCCCUUCAUCGAGGAAAUCAGCACCCAGCUGGGACAAAAGUGGGCACCGCUGGAUCCGAAAACACUACCAGCGGCACUCGGCUUCUAUCCGGUGUCGGACGACGUCCGUGAUCAGUACAUUUUGCGCUACAUUCGCAACGGUAGCUCAACCUAGACAGUGAAGCUGAACGCAAGGUAGGUUAAUCCCAACGAAGCAAAGUGAUCCUCGAUCGAUCGGCGUCGGCAGUUAGCUUGAAGCACGACGCAGUUGGAGUUUUGGACGGGCAUGCACGUGGUAGAAGUAUAGCACAUUAUAGUAAAAGGAAAAUUGUGGAAAGAGUACUCUAUAAAGUUACACUUAUAAAUCUUCAUCGUAUUUCGUAAGGAAACGCAAGGAAGCGUCCUAUAGAUCGGUAAGGUGCGCAUUCCUCCCCACAACAACAGCUUAACCCGUUGCGCGCGAAAGUCAAUUUAGUGUGUGUGGAAAUAUCGGAAUGCUUUCACUUCAGUUAGAGCGCCGCAGCUUGAAGCAACAGCGAAACAUUACCUUAAACACGAAGCAAAACGAAACACCGAGGCAAACCCUACUCUAGAUAAAUUUGGUUUAGAAUGAAGUGAGAUUUGUUAGAGGAAAAUUGCAUUAAAUUGUGCAAUCGAGAUUGAGGAUGAAGUAGGAAAAAGAAAAGAAAAACGACUCUUUUAAGAGAAAACACACAAACCGAUGUACAGAGCAAACAACAACAACAACAGAUCUGUGAUUUAUUUUUGCGGUUAAGAUAUUUAUUUUUCAUAUAUUUUCGAAUUUAUUGAUUGUAUGUAUACAGAACAUCAAACAACUGAAAUUAUAUAGUGUUAUAUAUUUUGUUUUCUUCAAAAAUAUUUAUUAAAAAAUUAGGUUAGCAAUCAUAUUGACAAAAAGUGUGCUUGGGCAUUAGCCUGUCCCAUUUUGAGGUCAUGUCGAGGAAUUUCAGGUGCUCACUUCUUAAAUGAUAGAUUAUGAUGUUAGGAACAAUGUUUUCUUAGACAAGAAAAAAUAAUAAAAUACUUUCUCGCACCCCCUAGUCGAUUUACUGAAAAAUGUCACUUUUUUGAACAAAUUUUCUAAAAUCGCUUGGAAUCAAUACAAAAACUGAUUCGAUCUGGUGAGUAUUAUCUUCAAACGAUAGGUUUUUGUCCAUAGAUUAAGAUGCACUAUCAAUAUUGGACCAAAAUCUAAGUUUUUGGACUCUCCCAGGCGGAUUUAUGUCGAAAAAAUCGCAUUUUUUUGAAACUUUUUUCAGAAAUGCUCAUUUAAUUUAGGGUAGUCUAUUUUUCCCAGUAAAACCAAUACAUGCAGCUUGUAGGAAAUUUCAUGGCGAACAUUUUUCCCUCUGAGAAAAUGCAAUUUCGACACUCCAGAGCCGAGAUAUUUAAGUUUUAGUGAGGAAAAAAGUGCCAAUUUUCAAAAUUUCUCAGAAUUCAGAAGCAAGGCCUACUAAUUACCCGAUGUUGCAAGCAUGUGUCGCAAAGGUCAGGGUAUGCUUUCUUAUAGUAAUUUUGGCCGCUGAAUCCGAAUCUGAAAUCAAAUUUCGUGUAAACAGUGAUGUUUUGUAGCUACACCCUUUUGGAAUGUUAUUUGCGUGAUUAAAUCGCUGCCAUUCAAAUUGCUUGCAAGUUCGGUCAUACUUUUUUCGGUUUUCGUAAAUACCACUUUGAUUCAGCGAUUUUCCACUCUCCAUAUCAAAAAGAUUUGUUUUGUAUGGAAAUUGGGGAGGAGGGGGUCCACGUGGUUUAUGGAUAGUCCCUAAGCCACCACCAAAUAACAAUAUGCGAUUUUUCGAAUUGCUUAAGAUAAUCAAAACGUAAAAAACAUUUAACAGAUCUGUAAGUAAAAAAUCAAUCAAAGUGGAACGAAAACCGAGAAAAGUAUGACCGAACUUGCAAGCAAUUUGAAUGGCAGCGAUUUAAUUACGCAAAUAACAUUCCAAAAGGGUGUAGCUACAAAACAUCACUGUUUACACGAAAUUUGAUUUCAGAUUCGGAUUCAGCGGCCAAAAUUACUAUAAGAAAGCAUACCCUGACCUUUGCGAUACAUGCUUGCAACAUCGGGUAAUUAAUAGGCCUUGCUUCUGAAUUCUGAGAAAUUUUGAAAAUUGGCACUUUUUUCCUCACUAAAACUUAAAUAUCUCGGCUCUGGAGUGUCGAAAUUGCAUUUUCUCAGAGGGAAAAAUGUUCGCCAUGAAAUUUCCUACAAGCUGCAUGUAUUGGUUUUACUGGGAAAAAUAGACUACCCUAAAUUAAAUGAGCAUUUCUGAAAAAAGUUUCAAAAAAAUGCGAUUUUUUCGACAUAAAUCCGCCUGGGAGAGUCCAAAAACUUAGAUUUUGGUCCAAUAUUGAUAGUGCAUCUUAAUCUAUGGACAAAAACCUAUCGUUUGAAGAUAAUACUCACCAGAUCGAAUCAGUUUUUGUAUUGAUUCCAAGCGAUUUUAGAAAAUUUGUUCAAAAAAGUGACAUUUUUCAGUAAAUCGACUAGGGGGUGCGAGAAAGUAUUUUAUUAUUUUUUCUUGUCUAAGAAAACAUUGUUCCUAACAUCAUAAUCUAUCAUUUAAGAAGUGAGCACCUGAAAUUCCUCGACAUGACCUCAAAAUGGGACAGGCUAUUGGGCAUGGCUCAAACCCCUAAAGGUGGUGUUCUAUUGUGGGAAACCGUGUUUCGAAUUAUGUAAAAUUUCAGUUUCGAAAGAUAAUGUGCGUGUGUUAUCCCACCAAUUUAAUAUACGUAGGCCGGCUACGAAAUUCUGGAAAGGGCUGUUCUUAGCCAAGUUAGGGUGGAUCCAAAAAUAGAAAUUUUCGAAAAAUAAUAAUCUAAGAACAUUUCAUGACUUCUCGACAGAUGACAGGAAAAGUAAGUAGUUUCACAACGGAGCCAACUUAUAAAUUGGGUGAAAAAUUAGUUUUCCUAAGUGAGUCUUGGAACUUUUCGUCCAAGUGGAAAAAUAAUAGGCGGAAUAAGUGUUAACUUAGCAAACAAAAGAGUAAUUUUUUUCGCGUUGUUACACAUGUUUGGGAAUGAAAAAACAAUAUGGCGCAGCAGGCCUUGCGUGCGCUCGCUCGAUCGUUGUCGUUGUGUUGGUGUCAUCUCGCUGCUGAGGCCGAGGGGUCGGCACACGGUUUAAUUACCAAUAGUAAGCAGUUCUCUCAGAUAUCGGUCAUUCGAUUUUUUUUUGUAUCGAUAUCGUUUUUGUAUGGAAAGCUGCCAAAUUUGUAUGGAAAAUUAUAUGGACAAACUAAUGAUGCAAAAUGGCUUCUUCGGACAUACCGAAGGCACCAAAAAAGUUUCAGUCGGGUUAAAAAUUACAAAAAAUAUCAUUUUAAUUAAAAUUAUCAAAUUUAUCAACUCGUGUAGGCACCCUAAUGUAGCCUUGUAUGGAAGAACUAAUGAUGCAAAAUGGCUUAUUUAAUAAACAAAUAAUUAGAAAGAAAUUUUCAUAUUGCGAAUUAUGAAAUUAUUAGUAUUUUCAAAAAAAAAAGAUUCUUUGUUAGAAUUUGAGUAUUUAACACAAAAAAAACACUGAUCUUUGAAAAUCUAAAACAUAUUCAAAACAAAAAAACAUAUUUUUUUUUUUUUCAUAUUGCGAAUUAUGAAAUUAUUAGUAUUUUCAAAAAAAAAGAUUCUUUGUUAGAAUUUGAGUAUUUAACACAAAAAAAAACACUGAUCUUUAAAAAUUUAAAACAUAUUUAAUUUUCACAUUUUUUAAUAGAGGUUUUAUGGUGUAUUUUUAAACCAAAAACCAUGCACCAAGCACACUAAUUCCAUUACAAAAUCAUCCAAUUAUGUUACUGAGUUAAAUUUUCCGUUGAAAAUUGUGGUGAUAAAUUGUAGAUCACGCACGGUUUGUUAAGAGCGAAAGGUGAUUAAGGUAUUAAAGACGAAGACUACAAAAGCUCUACUGUUGCUCUAAAUUAGCAGGCAAUCGAAGCAAGAUUCAAGAAUAAUAGACACAAAAUAUAUUCAUCUGCAUGCAACCCAAUCGGUAUUAGGUUUUACGCCGUGACGUCAUUUGACAGCUCGUGUGCACUAUUUACAUGGUCUUCGUCGAUUUUCGACGAAAUUCCCCGAACAAAAUCGACGACCGCAUCGAACUAUGCUAAGUCUAUGUAAACAGUGCACUCCUUUCUAACCUCCAAAUCGAGGCGGCGUAAAACCUAAUUUUAUAUAUUGUAUCUCUAGAAGUGAUUAUAAACACUAGACAAACAGAAAAAAAUGGAAGAGGAGGAAUGAUUUGUGUACUGUGUACCUUAACGGAAAAAAAAGAUUAUGAAAAAAAACAAACUGUAAGCAAAAUCAAAUCGAAUGCAAGAAUAAUAUCUUUAAACAUAUUUUUAUACACUUAUAAUAUGACUUAUCCCGAAACUGAAGAUUGAAUUUACGUUAUGUCUCAAACAAAACCGUUUCGUUAUUUCCCCUAGUCAGCAAAGAGAGCAAGUCAAAACGCGGAGUGAACAACUCACAAAAAAAAACACAAAGUGAACUAGGAAAAUGAAAAGUUUGCUAAGAGAACAACACACAAACACUAAUCAGUUAAGGAAGUGCUAGCAAGGAACCGAAACACAUCCUCAACGAGUAGAA